UAUCUCAAAAGUCUGAAGAUAUUAGACUGCUGGAACAAACCUUAGUUUGUAAAGUAUGUUGGACUAAUUUUUAUCAUAAGCUUAACCAAGAUAAUCCUCAAAGUAUUGAGUAUUUUACUAAUAGUGAAGGAAAAGGAACCUUUUUAAAAUGUCGAUUAUGCAAAGAAGAAUGUAUUAGAUCCAGAAAGUAUAAAUUAGAUACUAUCUCAAAAGAUUUUUGA